ACGAGUAUUUUAAUAUAGAUGAUAAAUCGAAGACAGAUAAUAAAGAAUUUAUAUAACUUACACAUUCGGUUAGCCUAAUUAAAUACGUUGGUGGUUAAAUUAGAAUAAGUUUGCAUGAGUCGAUAUAUGCAGUGAGUGAUAUCAAUACUUUACGUAUAAAUAGAAUAUAUAGCAAAAAAACAUAUGUGUGUAUAUAUAAUAAGGUUGUAUAUGGUUUGGUGGGAUUUGUCUAGAGUCUUUAGAAAAGAUAUCCAUGGCUGAGUCCGACAACGAGUCAGGAGGUCACACGGGGAACGCGAGCGGGAGCAACGAGUUGUCCGGUUGCAGGGAGCAAGACAGGUUCCUCCCAAUAGCAAACGUGAGCAGGAUCAUGAAGAAGGCGUUGCCGGCGAACGCGAAGAUAUCGAAGGAGGCGAAGGAGACGGUGCAGGAGUGCGUGUCGGAGUUCAUCAGCUUCAUAACAGGAGAGGCUUCCGAUAAGUGCCAGAAGGAGAAGAGGAAGACGAUCAACGGCGACGAUCUUCUCUGGGCCAUGACUACCCUGGGCUUCGAGGACUACGUGGAUCCUCUCAAGAUUUACCUGCACAAGUAUAGGGAGAUGGAGGGGGAGAAAACCGCUAUGAUGGGAAGGCCACAUGAGAGGGAUGAGGGUUAUGGCCAUGGCCAUGGUCAUGCAACUCCUAUGAUGACGAUGAUGAUGGGGCAUCAGCCCCAGCACCAGCACCAGCACCAGCACCAGGGACACGUGUAUGGAUCUGGAUCAGCAUCUUCUGCAAGAACUAGAUAGCAUGUGUCAUCUGUUUAAGCUUAAUUGAUUUUAUUAUGAGGAUGAUAUGAUAUAAGAUUUAUAUUCGUAUAUGUUUGGUUUUAGAAAUACACCAGCUCCAGCUUGUAAUUGCUUGAAACUUCCUUGUUGAGAGAAUAUAGACAUUAAUGUGGAUGGUGAUGUGGCAUAUGUGGCAUACACAGAAUUUUUGUAUUCUUCUUUCUUUCUAUGGAUUUUUGUGUAAGGGCAGGACUAUGGCUUUGUUUGCUGAUCGUAUAGCUAGUAUGGUGCUAUCUAGGUUCGGAUUUUUUUCUUUUUCAUGUAUAAUGAAAAAUUAACGGAGGAAAUUACUCUUACGUUACUUUGAAAUUAA